CUCCCCUCCCCACAGCGGCGGGGGCAAUGCCUCCUGCAUACGUGAUGAAGUGAGCGGCCGGGUUGGGCUCCGCCGGCAGCACUGAGCCGAGAGCCCGGGCGCCUCCGCACUGCAGCCCCCUCCCAGCGGCGGCGGGGGGCGGCGCGGGGACGCGGCUGGCUGCGGAGCGCGGUGCUCGCAGCUCCCGGGCAGCAGCGUGCGGCCGCGGGCAGCCGGCGCCAUGCUGAACAACCUGGCCGACUGCGAGGACGGCGACGGCGGCGCUAGCCAAGGUGAUGGCAACCCUAAGGAGAGCAGCCCCUUCAUCAACAGCACGGACCUGGAGAAGGGCAAAGAGUAUGAUGGCAAGAACAUGGCCCUCUUCGAGGAGGAGAUGGACACAAGCCCCAUGGUCUCGUCCCUGCUGAGUGGGCUGGCCAACUACACCAACCUGCCACAGGGCAGCCGGGAGCACGAGGAGGCUGAGAACAAUGACGGGGGCAAGAAGAAGCCAGUGCAGGCCCCGCGGAUGGGCACCUUCAUGGGCGUCUACCUGCCCUGCCUCCAGAACAUCUUUGGGGUCAUCCUCUUCCUGCGCCUCACCUGGGUGGUGGGGAUCGCCGGCAUCAUGGAGUCCUUCUGCAUGGUCUUCCUCUGCUGCUCCUGUACAAUGCUGACUGCCAUUUCCAUGAGUGCAAUCGCCACCAAUGGUGUAGUGCCAGCGGGUGGCUCCUACUACAUGAUCUCACGCUCGCUGGGACCCGAGUUUGGUGGGGCCGUGGGGCUCUGUUUCUAUCUGGGAACCACCUUUGCUGGCGCCAUGUACAUCCUGGGCACCAUUGAAAUCCUGCUGGCCUACAUCUUCCCAGCCAUGGCCAUCUUCAAGGCAGAGGAUGCCAGCGGGGAGGCAGCCGCAAUGCUCAACAACAUGCGUGUGUAUGGCACCUGUGUGCUGACCUGCAUGGCCACCGUGGUGUUCGUGGGGGUCAAGUACGUCAACAAGUUUGCCCUGGUCUUCCUGGGCUGUGUCAUCCUCUCCAUCCUCGCCAUUUAUGCUGGAGUCAUCAAGUCAGCCUUCGACCCACCGAGCUUCCCGAUCUGCCUCCUGGGCAACAGGACCCUCUCACGCCACGGCUUCGACCUCUGCACCAAGAUGGUGGUGGAGGGGAAUGAGACAGUGGGCUCCAAGCUCUGGGAGCUCUUCUGCACCUCCCGCUUCCUCAACGCCACCUGUGAUGAGUACUUCACCAUGAACAACGUGACUGAAAUUGAGGGCAUCCCCGGCGCUGCCAGCGGCCUCAUCCAAGAGAACCUGUGGAGCUCGUACCUGACUAAGGGCGUGAUCGUGGAGAAGCGGGGGCUGCCGUCCGUGAGCCCCCCCGACACGCCGGUGGACAUGGACCAGCCCUACGUGUUCAGCGACAUGACCUCGUACUUCACACUGCUCGUGGGCAUCUACUUCCCCUCGGUCACAGGCAUCAUGGCCGGCUCCAACCGCUCCGGGGACCUGCGGGACGCCCAGAAGUCCAUCCCCACGGGCACCAUCCUGGCCAUCGCCACCACCUCCGCGGUCUAUAUCAGUUCCGUUGUGCUCUUCGGGGCGUGCAUCGAGGGGGUCGUCCUGCGCGACAAGUUUGGUGAAGCUGUCAACGGGAACCUGGUGGUUGGCACCCUGGCAUGGCCGUCUCCAUGGGUCAUUGUCAUUGGCUCCUUCUUUUCCACAUGUGGGGCUGGACUGCAGAGCCUCACUGGAGCCCCCCGCCUCCUGCAAGCCAUCUCCAGGGACGGGAUCGUGCCCUUCCUCAGGGUCUUCGGCCAUGGCAAAGCCAAUGGGGAGCCGACAUGGGCCCUGCUGCUCACAGCCUGCAUCUGCGAGAUUGGGAUCCUGAUCGCCUCCCUGGACGAGGUGGCUCCCAUCCUCUCCAUGUUUUUCCUCAUGUGCUACAUGUUUGUCAACCUGGCGUGCGCGGUGCAGACGCUGCUGCGGACACCCAACUGGCGACCCAGAUUCCGCUACUACCACUGGACCCUGUCCUUCCUGGGCAUGAGCCUCUGCCUGGCGCUGAUGUUCAUCUGCUCCUGGUACUAUGCACUGGUCGCCAUGCUGAUCGCUGGCCUCAUCUACAAAUACAUCGAGUACCGCGGGGCGGAGAAGGAGUGGGGUGACGGGAUCCGGGGACUGUCCCUGAGUGCUGCCCGCUACGCCCUGCUGCGGCUGGAGGAGGGCCCCCCCCACACCAAGAACUGGAGGCCGCAGCUGCUGGUCCUGGUCCGUGGGGAUCAGGAGCAGAAUGUGGUGCACCCGCAGCUCCUGUCCUUCACGUCGCAGCUCAAGGCUGGCAAGGGCCUCACCAUCGUGGCCUCCGUGCUUGAAGGGACCUUCCUGGACAACCACCCGCAGGCACAGAGGGCAGAGGAGUCCAUCCGCCGCCUGAUGGAAGCAGAGAAGGUGAAGGGCUUUUGCCAGGUGGUGAUCUCCUCCAACCUGCGGGAUGGCAUGUCCCACCUGAUCCAGUCCAGCGGGCUGGGUGGGCUGCAGCACAACACAGUGCUGGUGGGCUGGCCCCGCAGCUGGCGCCAGAAGGAGGACCACCAGACCUGGAGGAACUUCAUCGAGCUGGUGCGAGAGACCACGGCCGGGCAUCUGGCCUUGUUGGUGGCCAAGAAUGUCGCCAUGUUCCCAAGCAACCAGGAGCGGUUCUCAGAGGGCCACAUUGACGUGUGGUGGAUCGUCCACGAUGGGGGGAUGCUCAUGCUGCUGCCCUUCCUCCUGCGGCACCACAAGGUCUGGCGCAAGUGCAAGAUGCGCAUCUUCACGGUGGCACAAAUGGACGAUAACAGCAUCCAGAUGAAGAAGGACCUGACCACGUUCCUGUACCACCUGCGCAUCACUGCCGAGGUGGAGGUGGUGGAGAUGCACGAGAGUGACAUCUCCGCCUACACCUACGAGAAGACGCUAGUGAUGGAGCAGCGCUCCCAGAUCCUCAAGCAAAUGCACCUCACCAAGAACGAGCGGGAGCGGGAGAUCCAGAGCAUCACGGAUGAGUCCCGUGGCUCCAUCCGGCGCAAGAACCCGGCCAACACGCGCCUGCGCCUGAAUGUCCCUGAGGAGCAGGUGGGCGAUGGCGAGGAGAAGCCGGAGGAGGAGGUCCAGCUCAUCCAUGACAAGAAUGCCACCGCCUUCUCCAGCAGCUCCCAGUCACCUGGGGAUGAGGUGGAGACGGCCCCUGAGAAGGUGCAUCUCACCUGGACCAAGGAGAAGUCUGUUGCGGAGAAGAACAAGAGCAAGAGCCCCGUCAGCCCUGAGGGCAUCAAGGACUUCUUCAACAUGAAGCCGGAGUGGGAGAAUUUGAACCAGUCCAACGUGCGGAGGAUGCACACAGCUGUGAAGCUCAACGAGGUGAUCGUGAAGAAGUCACAGGAUGCCAAGCUGGUCCUGCUGAACAUGCCAGGGCCCCCCCGUAACCGGAAAGGGGAUGAGAACUACAUGGAGUUCCUUGAGGUGCUGACAGAGCACCUGGACCGAGUACUCCUUGUGCGUGGUGGGGGCCGAGAGGUCAUCACCAUCUACUCCUGAAACACGGCGCGCAAGAGAGGUUUGUCUGCACGCUGAGAGCCCCGCCACCCCUUUGCACCGAGCUCCUGGAGGGGAGGAGGGGAGGCCUGAUGGCAGCCGAUGUGCAGAAACUUCACCUGGCUUUGGCCGUGCCCUGAUCUCUCCAUUCGAACUGCAGCACCAGAUCUUCCGGGAGCAUCCAGCACCAGAGCAGCUGUUCCUCAUUGCAACAUCACAGCACUGCUGUCCUUGUUUAUAUAUAAAUAUAUACACUGUUCCAUGGACUGAGCACCAGAGCCCAGCGCUGCUGCCACCACCCGUCCCCAGCAGGGCCAGUCCCGCACUGCUGCUCGCAGCUCGUCCGGGCAGGAGGGCGGCUGCACCAAGAUGGGCAUCUGGCCGUGCUGCUGCCCCUGCGCAGAGUUUGGCUGCCUGCGCCCGUGUCCCGUACCCGCUGCUCACGCCCUGGUCCCGGGAGAAGAGAGAGGCGACCAGCUUUCCUCACCAGACCUUCCUCUCCUGCCUCUGGCAGCGCCUGGGCCCGGACAGCGCCCCCCCGCCGGUGCUGCCCCUCGCUGGAGGCUCUGGGCCGAGCUGCUGGAGAUGCAGCUGAUGGUUUGGAGGGGGCAGAGGGUGGGGGGCAGCCUCGGGGGCUUGGGGCCUGCAAGCAGCAACUUUGCGACAACAGGAGCCCCAGCCUGGGGUGGGGGGUGUUCUUUGUCUCCUCCCUCGGACUCCAGGCUCUCUCUGCCCUGGUGCUCUCCUGGUGCUUGUGCUGCAGUCGUGGUGUGGAGUUGCGGUGUCUGGACACAAGUGGUGGCCCUGCCAUGCGCAGCGUGAGCCGGAGCUGCUCUCCAGCCCCUGGAGCUGUGUGGGGGCCACUGACCCCCAGGGCACCAGCGCUUGGCUAGGAUGUGGGGGAGUCUGUACCCCAACUUGCUCCCUCACCUCGCUGCUGGUCCCCAGGGCUUCACUCCAAACCCAGCCCCAGCUCCAGGCAAUUGUAGACACUGCAGUGGAGCUGUAGGAAAGUCUGGAUCUGUGUGUAGUUUUUAACAUAUGAAAGUCUGUUUGCUUGGUCUUGACAGCCCUGCUGUGCCAGCUCAGGGGUCCAACUGGACCCUGCACGAGGGGCUGUAGGGUUCCCACCUCCCCCAGCUGGCCCAGGCACUGGCCCUGUGGCCCCUGCAGCCCAAAGCCCGUCCUGUCCCGCCAGCACAUGCUGCAGCCCCCACAUGCAAGCAGCAGGGCAGCCAGGUUAGUUUAAAGGCGUCUUACUUUUGGCAGCAGCUGCAGGGUCACCCGUCAUCCCCCCCAGCAUCUCUUAUGCCAGAGAAACUGAGGAGCUUUUAACAAAUGUGAACGGUUCCAGGAACCACGCAGGAAGCGGUGCCGAGGGCAGCCAGGGUGCCUGCGGGCACCCGCCCUGGUCCCAUGUACAUAGUGUACAUAAUACAGUAAGUGUAUUUUUAAAGUGAUCAUAUUUAUGUUAAUAGAACCAGAUGAAGUCUAUAUAUAGAGAUCUAUAUCUAUUCUGAGAGAUGCAGGGCUCUGCUAGCACCAGGCCGUGGGGACGGAGAGCCGAGACAGGCUCCUCCUGCACCAAACGGGCGCCCAUCUGUCACAGCGCAGGCUCUGGAGCGGUGCUGGCGGCUGCAGCCGGCACUGGCACCCCUGGGAAAGGGCCAGGUCGCAGGUUCAUUUUCUUCUCAAUUUUGAUUCUUAAGAGUUUUCAGGGAAAAGAAGUCACAGACUUUUCUGAACUUGUUUCACAGCAGAUUUGAGCUUCCACUUGAAGUGUAGCCUGCUAAGAGUUGCCCUCUCCCGGUAGCACUGGUUGCUCUGCACCAGCCUGGCUGCGAGCGGCUUUGUGCCCGCCAGAGCUGAGCCCCGCGCUGGAGCAUUCGCCUCCUCAACCCAGACUGCUCCCCAGCCCCGCAGCGCAGCAGGACCCGCAGACCCCGGCUGGCACAGACGGAGCAGGUGCUGCAGCAUCCCGGGGGGGCCGGGCACCAGCAGCCCUGGCUGGUACCAGUGCCCCGCGCCCUAUGCAGCCCUCCCCUGCUCAUCCAGGUUGAAGCUAUUUGGGACUGCUUGGAUAAAAAGGAGUGGGGUUUUGACGAUUUUCUUAUUUUUUCCUCCCUUCCUUCCUCUCUUCCUUUUUUUCCUUUUCUUUCCUCCGUUCUUCUUGCUCUAUGAUCCUUCUCAGACGCACUCCCAGAACAAAACCAAGCCCCCAUCUGUGUCUGCUCAUACCGUGCUCCUCCGUUUCCAUCACCUCCGAAGUGCCUCCCUUCUCUCCAGCAGCAGCCACAGCCAGACUUUGUGCUGCGGUAGCUCGGCUGUCUGCACGGCUAUUUCCCUGUGUCACAGCCUCUGGCGUGAGCUGGUCCCGAGGGCGGGGGAGCUCGUGGUGGCUGGGAGGUGACCGUCGGGCCGGGCUGACACCCGGUCUCAGCGCAGGAGCUCCAGGCUGAUGGACGGUGCGGUCGCGCAGGGCAGCGCUCGCUGGUCCUGCCGCUGCCUCAGCCAUGGGAGCUGGUGCAGGAGCUGGCAGCUGCGAGGGACAAGGUCCUUUAGCUUUGGGAAGGGCAACCCCACAAGAGCCAGGAUCUGCCAGUGUCCAGCUGCUCUGCGCCUCAGAGCUGGUCCCACACCAGCACACAGCGGCUCACGUGCUGUUUGCAGCGUCCCAAAAUUACUCGAGGCACUUCUGCAGCAAUGGGGGAGGCGCGCACAGCAACCUGCCCACUCAUCACAGACGCAAGCACCGCUCUUGUUGGGCCUGGAGCGCUUGCCAGCUGCUCUGCCUCUCCAAAAGCUGCCACCCACUCCCUGCCUUCACCCUCUCAUGACAGUGUGGCUGUUGCCCGGCACACGGAGCAGCUCAGGGCCAAGUGCAGAGCAGGUUCCACGCAGCAGCAGCAACCGAGCCCGCAGGCAGCACCUGCCCUCGGCAGUGCAGCAGCAAUGCGCUCAUCCUUGGGCAGUGGGAGCGACACUGGCCAUGGAGCGGUGGUGACAGCAGCCCAGGGCGUGCUUCUCUGCUGCCAGGUUUGCUUCGACACCUCCCCAGCGUCACCAACGGAUCCCAUUUCCCCCCAGCACAUCAACCCCCCCAUAAAGCUGUGGUCCCAGAUCCCCAGGGAGUGGGAAGGCGACCCCCUUUCCAUUGCUGCCCUGACAAAGGCGUUUUCCUCCCUCAUCCCGCAGCAAGAACAGGGGCACAGCUCACACAGUGCCAGGGCUGCCCCAACACCCCACCAGGCAAAAUUGGCUGUGGCAAGAAAGGUCCUAGUGUCCGUGGCAAGGUCUUGCUCCCCGGCGGCCAGAGAGGGCCAGUUUUAGCAGACAGCACUGCAUGUUAGUUUACAAACCCAGCCCUGCACGUUCGGCCUCUGUGAGUGUUCGGUUCCCCAUGGAGCACCUUCUGCCGUUCCACCUUGGUGAAGACAGUGUCCUCCUCCGGUAGACAUGCAAGUUCCUCCUUGGCACAUGCGCAGACACGUUUCAGUUUUUGUUCCAGACAGGAAGGUCUUGACCCCCAGGUUUGUUUCUUGGGCAGGUGGCUGGCGGGAGCAGCGUCCGGCCUGGGCCGGGGCUGGACGAGGCGCAGGCCGUGGAUCUGCACACGGGUCAGGGUUGCACUAGGAGAGUCAAGACCCUCCUCUGUGUAGCAGGACUAAAAACCAGCAGAAAGACCAAAAGGUCUGAGAUUUGCUGGUUACAACACUUUCUGUGCUACAUGUGCAAUAUAUUUGUUAUGAAUGUUACCACAAAGUCAGUUCAUUCAAUAAUCUUUUAAUCACUGUAGCUAGACGUUCUGCGUUCAUUCAAGUGACUUUUAUUCGAGUGCAAUAUUUCAAUAGACAUGUAGUGACCUAGUAUGCUUUGUGUUUUAGAGAAUCUGUGUGCAGAGCAAUGCAAUUAAGUUUAAAACCUUGUAAAUAAAACAGGUUGCAAACAAAAACAAAAAAACAAAAAAACAAAAAAAAAGUUAGGCUUGCAUUUAAUUUCUGUGUUUCAGUAUCGUGCAUUAGGCCGCCUCAGUACAGCCCCGUGUUCUCUGUGCAGGUAUUAAUGGAGGAGUGGCUCCUCGGCUGUUGAAUGCUCCCUGUUAAUGCUUUACUGCUUUAACUGUACUCAUUUUUCUAGACUCCUGUCUGCACAAAAUGCAAUAAAUGAUUUUAUUACACCCUUCA